GCUACCUUCAACACUUUUUGUCCAUCCAACUAUGACUUUGUUAUUGUGUUAGUCAAUUUCUGUGCAAAAUAGUGUAAAAAAACAAAUCUGUUCUGAUUUAGUAAUUAUUGUGUACCUUUUUAUUUUAUUUGUACAAUCCAGUUCAACCAACCAAUAAAAAAAUCUGUAUUUCAUUUGUCAUUGCAAAUUGGCAUUUGCCCAGAUCACCGAAGAUACGGAAGUUUCCGGGUCAGAAUUGUUUCAAUUUCCUUGUUAAAAGUCAAAAAUAUUCACGAAAAAUCCAGCACUAGCAUCGCUUUAAAAUUCCAAAUCAUCCCGUCGAAAAAUCUACCGUUCAAGGGCUUAACCUUGAUCCAUCUGCAGGUUUCGACGAUUCACUUUCACGUGAAAGUCGUUCAUUCCGGUCGAAUUCCGAAAAUCGCCUUUCAUUACGGUCAGCACCUGGCAUGACAUCAUGGAAAUAGACGAGGAAAUGUACGCGGAUGGAGCAUCUGUCUCUGGAACUGAAAUUGUGCAAGAGUGGCUCAACCUGUUUGAAAAAGACAAUCUCAACACCAAUCAGUUUAAAGAACAUUGGAAGAUAUGGGUACCGAAGAUAUACAGCCCCCCGGUGAACGAAUCAUGCUUGAAUUGGAGAUUUGAUGAGGAUCUCUCUCAAAAACUGCUAUUCAACGUUUUGGAAGAGUUUAUCUGCAAAGGGGACCCUAAUUUGGUUCUGUCACGAUUGAACGAGAUGGAUAAGCCCCCCUCUGUCUGUGGAAGAGUUUUCAAGUUAGGAGAACCGACUUAUAGUUGCCGCGAAUGCGGUAUGGAUAACACGUGUGUCCUUUGCGUCAAUUGUUUCAAAAAUUCGGAGCACCGUUUCCACAAGUAUAAAAUGGGGACAUCUCAAGGCGGAGGCUGUUGCGACUGCGGGGACGUCGAGGCAUGGAAAAAAGCCCCGUUUUGCGAUGUACACAUCGCAGGUACCAGGAACGACGCCCAAAGGAGCCUCCCUGAUGACCUAAAAAAGAGAACUCGCGUUGUCUUUGAAGCAGUUUUGUGGUAUGCCUAUUGUCUUCUCAGGACGGGUUUUGUCUCUGAUGUUCGAUUUGGGGACAUCACCGAUAGCUUUUUUCAUAGUGACGCCUACUGUACCAUCCUAUACAACGACGAAAUCCAUACUUUUGAACAAGUGAUUUCGACCUUGACCCGAGUUUUGAAAUGCAAUCAAAGAACUGCGAUUGAGUUUGUCACGAAUAUAGACCGUGAGGGACGUGCUGUUGUUAAAUGUUCUUCAUUUCAAUACUGCACCGAGUUGAAACAAGAAAUCGAGAAAUAUACUUCGCGACAUGGAAAUAAACCACUCAAAGUCCUAGUGAGCCAUGCUUAUGUCAUAGCCCACCAAAUCUUUGCUACGAAGUUGCUGACUUGGCUACAGAAUUUUCUAGGACAUGGCGAAGGCUUUCGAGCGAUUUUUGCCGAAGUUGUUUUGGAAACGCCUCCAAAUGAUACUUGUAUUAUUCAAGGAAUACUCUUAAAGGACUCUACGCUAUGGAAAAGUGCAAGGUCACAAUGGCAACGACUCUUAAUCUCGGGGAUGCUCCUCGAGUACGAAAAUAAAAAAGCGUUGGCUAAAAUCUUUACCAAAAACUACGGACCAGUCAUGAAGGACUUCAUCAAGGAUGACCAUGACCACUCCUACUCGAUUUCCUCACUGUCGGUUCAACUGUUCACAGUACCGACUCUAGCCCACCAUUUGAUCGCCUGUGAUGACGUCUUGUACAUACUCUUGAACACUUUCAUGUCUGAAUGUUCGACCAAGUGUAACAAAGCCGGCAAGCUCGAAUUCGAGAGAAGCCCCUCGAGUCAUGCCUUCAAACGGGCUCAUUUCAUGCUUUACGACCUCCGGUAUCUCUUAAGCUCAAUCCCGGAGAACUGGUCUGACGAACUUCGCAAAAACUUUCUUCAUGGACUUUUCAUCCUGAUGAACCUCUUCACGAAGAUGCAAGGCAUGGAUGCGGUCACUCGCCAAGUUGGCCAACAUAUGGAAUACGAACCUGAGUGGGAAUCAGCUUUCCAUCUCCACAUCAGACUCGCCUAUUGCAUUUCCUUGGCGAUAAAAUGGUGUAGUACCGAUCGGGUGGUUCUUAUCAAAGCUUACCGAGCCGUGUUGAAAAAACUAGAUGAAAAUCCCUGUUACGAUCCACACGACCGUUGGGAAGCGAUCGAAUUAGUUGACCACAGCGCCUCCUGUAUCGUUUAUGAUGUAGCCUCAAGACCGGUCUCCAUUCAUCUACCGUUAUCGAGGUUCUUAGCGGGGUUGCACCUUUACUUGGAGAAGUUUGAUAUUCAUUUCAAUGAGAUGCAGUGUCCCAAACCAACUCCCGUUGAGAUAAUGGAGCCUGUUUUGAGGUGUCAAGUUAUGAUAGCUCAAGUACAUGCAGGCAUGUGGCGUCGCAACGGUUACGCUUUAGUCAACCAAUUGUAUUUCUACCACAAUGUCAAAUGUCGGACCGAAAUGCUAGACCGAGAUAUUGCGCUUUUACAAAUGUGCGCGUCACUGAUAGAAAGUAACGAAUUUCUGAUUCACGUUUUGCACAAAUUUAAUUUGAUUAAUUGGGCGUUAAGUAAUUAUGAAAUUACGAGUCUUAAAGCACCAGAAGAAGAUAGUAUGAGGCAAACUAUAAGUCUAGUCGAGGAGUUUUUGCAAUUGUUAAUUGUUAUCAUAGGAGAGAGGUAUAUGCCGGGGAUUACUAAUGUUAGUACUGAAGAUAGGAUUAAAAAAGAGAUUAUACAACAUUUGUGUAUCAAACCGAUGCCUCAUUCCGAGUUAAAUAAGAUAAUUACCGAUGAUAUUGCGCAUGAGACUGCGCUUGAUGAUGUUAUUGAAGAGUUAGCAGUGUUUAAGAAACCGACUCAAACCUCUGGAAAGGGUGUCUACGAAUUAAAAGAACAAUAUUAUGAUGAGUACAACGUUUUCUUCUAUCAUUACACAAGAGAAGAAUUGUCGAAAUCUGAGGAAGCGCAAAGGAAAAGACGUAAAGCCGCUACAGACUUAGAGUGUUGUCCACCUCCGAGAUUAUUAAAAUUAAACGAAUCAUUUCAUAUGCUUGUAAAUCUUCUCCAAUGCGAUGUCAUGCUACACAUAAUGCAGAUAGUCCUCGAACGGUGUAACAAUCUUCGUGCCCGGAGUUUCUCAGAGUUACAAUUGCACAAAGUGCUUCACCUUAUCGGUUACGCUUUACAAGAAGAAGAAUCAAAGAAUUAUCCCUUUUUCAAAUUUAUCCACAAUUCGGCUAAAUUCAAUAUUUUUAACUUACUGACUGACUUGUUAGAAUGUCCUAGAGUUGAUGCUCAUAAGGAUCUUCUCAAAUGGGUGUUGAGAAAAUACAAAGAAGUAGCAAAUCAAAAGGAACAAGCUGAAGGCUCGGCUCCGAGUAACGCCGAAGCUUCAACUUCUGUGGAUAUUGACAGUGAGAAGGAACGCCGAGCGAAAUUAGCUGCUGAAAGACGUGCCAAAGUCAUGGCACAAAUCACCGCAAUGCAGAAUACUUUCAUGAAAGAGAAUAAAGAGUUGUUUGAGGAGAGUGAAACCAGUACGAAGUUUGAAGAGUCAGCUAUGGAAGUAACAGAGAGUGGGGAAGAACAACCUAUUGCUUUGGGUCCCAAACAAACAACACGUCUUGGGAUUGAAAAGACCUACAUUUGUAUUUUGUGUCAGGAAGAGGAGAGGGUGACAAAAGACGGUCCUACGCUUGUAUUGGCCGCUUUUGUUCAACAGUCGACUGUUUUAUGCCAAUACAAAAACAACGAAGCGCUAACUAAUAUGCAAGAUCCUCUGUAUCUAAAUUCGAACAUGGGGCCGGCGCCGCAUACUAGUACUUGCGGCCACGUGAUGCAUAGCGAAUGUUGGAGGAAAUAUUUUGAUAAUGUAAUGGUAAGGGAACACCGAAGGCCUUACAGGUUGAGACAUCCGGCUAGUUUCGAUGUUGAGAAACAGGAGUUUCUGUGUCCACUUUGUGAGUGCUUAAGUAAUACAGUUUUGCCGCUUAUUCCCCCUUUGAGUGUUUUACAACCGAGCUAUCCGAAGAGUGGUACUACUUAUGAAGAUUAUUUGGAUUGUAUCGAUGUCAUACUGAAGAAAAAAGUAAAAGUCUGUCACGGCAUGUUCAAGUGUAAUACUACCGACUGCACCAAUGAGCACUGCACCGCAUGUCUAAACGGCUCAAACAGCACGAAUUUGGAGUCUGAAUCUCUUGCGAUUUGUGAAGCGAAUUGUUUGCUCCAACCCUACCAAGUAUUCUACUCGUGUAUCUUCGACCGAGAUGAAGAUUUCGGGGAGUUGCAAUCGAAAUUCAAAGAUUUAUUCCCUGAGAAUUGCCCGGUUCUCGAUAUAAAUUUGAGAGAUAUGGUUCAAUUGUUUGCUCAAGUCACUUAUACUAGAGGCUUAAAUGUAAAUCCGCACCCUUCUGAUAAAAGGCUGGCACCAAUGGCGUGGAAGUCACUUUCGUAUACCACUCACGCAAUUGAAGUUUUACUCCGAGACUCGAAUAAACCCUUAUUAGGGCAUUUGUCGAGUCGACAAAGGGAUUGCAUAGAGAGUCUUGUCCGCAUCGUGGGAGUUUUGGGUACCACAUGGCCCAACAGUGUCGUAAUUAAUAAUCACGCCUUGAGUUUAUUGGCUAUUUUGCACGAGAAUGGCAAUGAUGGACCGUCGAUCCUUCAGUGGGAUUCGUUUGGGUUUUUGGUACCUUUAACGUUUGCGUUACCGAGUCUUACCUUACCGAGUCGUAACCUCACACCGAUACCGACCGGUGGUAACUUGGAAUUGUACACUCUUCGAACUAUUUUUAUUUGUCACAUCGUUAGAAUCCUGAUUUUGAUGGAUUGUGAUUUCGACAAGUUGACCGACUGUAUGGAUACUGGUACUAGCGAUGAGGAUCAUAUUUUAAAAGUGUUGCAAAUCAUGGGCAAAUCAAAUGACCGGAUAAGUAGCCACCUUGUGUGGAAGCAAGUCCAGGAAGCGUCGAUCCCGUUUUUACGUUGCUGUGUCCUUUUCUAUCACUACUUAACCGACGUACCUGCCCCGUCAGUAUUACUCGAAGUAGGUGGCGACACUUUCGCUAACAUGUGUACAUAUUUGGACCUCCCCCAAACACCCCAAACUCUUUUCAACUCGGACAGAGUCCUCAAAUUGGUAUCUAAGUGGUGUCACCAUGAGGAAGUCAUCUCAUUCUUACAGGGGACUCCCUUACAAGUCGUCCACGAGCCUCUGUCGGUACCAAAAUUGAUCGAUUUACCAACCGACUAUAGCGACUUGAUUAAUACUGUUUCGACAUUCACGUGUCCAAAUAGUGACGAAGACGCCCGAACACCAAGUAUGUGUUUAGUUUGUGGGGAGAUUCUGUGUUCGCAGAGUUAUUGUUGUCAGAUGGAACUGCAUAAUAUGCACGUGGGGGCGUGCAAUUACCACGCACAGAUGUGCGGGGCCGGGGUUGGGAUUUUUCUGAGAGUGAGAGAAUGUGAGAUUUUGUUUCUAGCGACGCCACAUAGAGGGAGCUUUGUUUCGCCACCAUAUUUGGAUGAUUACGGCGAGACGGAUAUGGGGUUGAGAAGGGGGAAUCCUCUUAGAUUGUGUCAGGAAAGAUAUAGGAAAUUGCAAACACUGUGGUUGAGUCAUAGUAUACAUGAGGAAAUCGCGAGGGCGAUCGAGUCGAAUAGUCACGUGAUCACGACACAAUGGCAUCAUCUUUAAUUAUCAAAUUGUGAUUUUUUUAAUACUAACGAUGAACAUAAUUGUUGCCUCUUUUUUGUUAAUUUUACUAAUUUCUUUUGUUGGAAUUUAUUAGAGUACUUAUGGAAAUUUACGAGCUCUCUUAGGCCCACCCAACACGAAAAAACACUGUUGUAUAAUUUUAGUAGGAAAUUUAAUAUUUAUUAUAGGACAGUAAAAAAACAACUUGUAUAAUAAUAUAUGUAAUACAAAUUAAUUAAAAAGAACAAUUUUCAUUCAAAAUAAAUAUAUUAUCCACA